UGGUCGUAGGAUUUGGAGCGUGGUGACUGGUGUGACACUAAAAAAAGAUUUAAGGGGAAAUAGGUUGGUAAAUGCUUUCAGAUUAAAUCAGUUUUUAGUUUGUAAAGGAACUUUUCAAGAACUAAAGAUAGCAUGGACAGCAAAACAGACAUCCCACCGAGCCUUGCACCAAAGAUGCUGGCCAUGAUGAAGGCUAUUGAUGAACUUAAGACUGGUCUUUCUCCCAUCGUAAGCAAGCCUCAUCAUGAGGUCCUGGCAAAGUUGGAUCACCUGGAACGUGCCAAGAUCCACAUCAUGGAGUCUUACACAUUGAACGCAUUAUUCUGGGCUCUGAUCAAGUUGAGUAGCGACUCAGAUGCAGAGCAGCUGGAGAAGGACAUCAAAACAGAGCUGGGCCGCAUCAAAGGUGUACAGCAGCGGGUUGCAGAGCUGGAGGCCAGAGCAUCCAUGCAAAGAAUAGACCAGGCUGCAGCGCGACGCUUCAUCAACCAUGGACUUGGGACCAGUGGCAAGCGCAAAAAAAAGUCAUCCAUAGCAAAGGAAGAAGAGGUCUCCACUGUACAAAUGCCAAAGAAGAGAAGUAAACUGCAAGAUGACAUAAACUCUAGCUGGCAAUAGCAUCCUUACUUGUUAUUACUUUGUGUCAUUUAUUCCAAAGUGUACGUGUUAUUCCAUUGAUAGAGACUGUGUUAUUGUUCCUCAGCCAGCAUCAGAGACGUGACCGCUGAAACGAACCUGUGAUCCACUGAGAUCCAGUUUGUGAUGCUCUGAGCUAUAGACAACAAUUAAUAUUAGAGGUAGAAUCUUUUUGAACUGACAAAGAGUGAAUAGAUGAAUUCGGCUUAGGCGUUUGUAUUAUGAAUGAACCAGAACAAUUUUUGUGAUGCAUUUCAAACAAAUCGAUGAACAUUAUUUGGAUGUUCAUAUGUUGUAUAAUGUGUUGUGUGUAGUAUGCAUAAAAAUGUAUGGAUACGAUGGUAAUGCGCUGCGUGUUUUAAACUGCUUUAUUUUCAUACCGAAUGUCCAUCUGUCAAAAAUAUUUAUUACUAUUUAGUAAACAUUUCUGAUAAGUAUUUCUCAAUGCUUGACCAAAAUGAAUCAUUGAAACCUCUCAUAGUGUUAUCUACAACUCUCAUAUCUAGCUGUCUAGUCAAAAUUUUCUUAUUGUAAUUAUUGUGAGUUCUCAGUAUUUCUCAAUAUCUCUCAUUGCAAUAAAUGUCAACCUUCCCAAGAAUUGGAAGGUUGGUGUAGUCCUGAGA